AUGUAUUCCAAUUCCAACGCCUACUUAGGCGGCAACAGCCAACGGCCGGGUGGCCAGCAACCGCAGUAUGGUGGCUUCAAUUCCAUGGGAGGCCAGCAGCCAGGCCAGCAGCCCAGUCCGUUCGCUCCUCAGCCCACUGGCUUUGGACAGCAACUCGCGCCCCAGCCUACCGGGUUCGGACAGCAGCCACUCCAACAACAAUAUACUGGGUUUCCUGGGCAGAGCCAGCAGCCAGGCGGCCAGAUCCAGUCGCCGCCGCUGCAGCAGCAGUUUACUGGGUUCCCAGGCCAAGCUCAACCUCAGCAGAGCUUCCAGACCGGCGUCCCGUCUAUGCCAGCGAUUCCCGCCCAGUACCAACAGCAAUUCCAACAACAGCAGCAGCAACAGCAGCCGCAGCAAUCCUCAUUUCAGGGGCUGCAGACUGCUUCACAAACUGGCUUCUCCAGCUCCCCUCAGCCGACCGUCGAGACCCCGAUGAAGCCUCAGCCAACCGGCUUCAACGAGAUGGCAGCAUCCUUUCAUACGGGCAGCAAUUCGAGACCCCAGGGCCGUCGGGCGGAGAAGAAAGCAACAGUGAACAAGAUCCCCAACAUCCGACUCUCAUUCAUUACAGCAACAGAUCAGGCCAAAUUCGAGACGUUGUUCAAGUCGGCCGUGGGGGAGAACUCAACUACAAUGUCUGGAGAGAAGGCCAGGGAUCUCCUUCUGCGAUCACAGCUGGAUGGUGACUCGCUGUCGCAUAUUUGGACGCUCGCCGACACCACCCGAGCUGGCCAGCUCUACUUCCCAGAGUUCGCUUUGGCAAUGUAUCUCUGUAACCUCAAGAUUAACCGCAAAUCGCUCCCACCGACCCUACCUGAUAAUAUCAAGAAUGAGGUCUCCAGUAUGGUCGACAUUAUCAGCUUUAGCGUUGUUGAUGAUACCCCAGAUACCCGAUCUAGCAACGCCACUCCCCCAGCCAUUCAGCAUCCUCAACCUCAACCCCAGGCAUCCAAUGCGCAGUUGCUCCAAGCCCAGAUGACUGGAUUUCCCGGGCAGGCCAGCCCAUCUAUUCCCACCCAGCCUACUGGCUUCCCUGGACAGCAAGCUGGCCUUCAGCCCCAAGCUACUGGCUUUCCUAUGCAGAAUGCCCAGGCUACUGGAUACCAAGGACCGCGACCACCGAUGCCCCCGAUGCCCACCGGCUUCAACCAGCCUGCAGCGCCACUUAAUGCGCAGCCCACCGGGCGUCCUGGGCAGUGGGGACUCGUCAAUGCGCCUGCCAGCGGUUUGCCUAACAUUGAUGCCCUCCAGGCGAGGAUGAUGCCUCAGCAGGGGCGUGAGGCCGGAUCGUUCACGACUCAGGGCCUUCAGGGCAACGCCGUCAUUCCAUGGGCUAUCACCAAGGAGGAGAAGACCCGAUAUGAUUCUUUGUUCAGGGCAUGGGAUGGCAUGGGCAGUGGGUUCAUUGGUGGUGCACAGGCUAUUGAAAUUUUCGGUCAGAGCGGACUGGAGAAGCCCGACCUGGAACGAGUCUGGACUCUGGCAGACAAUGGAAACAAGGGACGCUUAGAUUUGGAUGAAUUCGCCGUCGCGAUGCAUUUGAUCUACAGAAAGCUGAACGGAUACCCUCUGCCCAACACAUUACCCCCUGAGCUUGUCCCCCCUUCCACCCGAAACUUCAGCAAAUCAAUUGGUGCUGUCAAGUCAAUGUUGAGCAAAGAGUCAGAUGAUCGCAAGAACUCUGGUGCUGCUUUGCUUCCUCAGAAGACUGGUGUGAGCUACAUGAAGAACCGAUCUUUCAGAGGCGGUGCUGGAGGUGGUGCUACAGGUGGACGCAAGGAUGCCACCGUCUUCCGAAACGACAAUGAGGAGUUUGGGUAUAAGUCCAGUGCUCGUCGCAGAGUGGGCAACAGCUCUCCUCGCCCUGGUUCUCCCGCAUCGGUUGCAUCUGUUGAUUCGCACGAAGACCUUUCGCUCGACCAACUCCGCAAGAAGAUCCGCGAGAAGCAGGUUCUCCUGGAUGCUCUUGACUUUAAUGAUGAGCAGCAUGCAGAGGAGGAUGAUAUUCUAGACCGGCGUGACCGCAAGGAAGCCGAUGAGCUCUACCGCCGAAUUCGCCGUAUCCAGUCAGACAUUGAUGCCCAUCCGGCCGCUGCCAACAUCUCCGGAGACUCGGAUGCGGAGAGACGCGCUCUUAAGCGCCAGCUCCAGAACCUCACGGACAAGAUCCCCGAGCUUGCUUCCCAGGUCCGCAAAACUGAGAAGGCCAUCCUUGACGCCAGAAUGGAACUGUUCCGACUCCAGGACGCAAAAGCCCACCCAGGCAGUGCAAGCACUAUUGUCGGCACCGGUCCUGGCGGUAGCGUGACAGAAUCCGACCGCCUCAAGGCCCGAGCUAAGGCCAUGAUGCAGCAGCGCACUGCCGCUCUAACCGGAAAGAAGGUCGACGCUGUGUACGAUGAUGAUGCCGCUGCUAAGCGCCUUGAGGAGGAGAGUAUCAAGGUCAAGAACGAGAAGGAGAGCAACGAACGCAUGGUCAGAGAUGUCGAGGAGAGUGUCCGUGACUUUGCUCGGGGCAUCGAGGACAGCCUCAAGGAAGGCGCAGCAGACGAAUCUACCCAGCACGAGAAGCGUCGCUGGGAAGACGCACUGGGUGUGGAGGAUGAGGUUCGCGAUUUCAUCUUCGACAUGCAGCGUGAGAGCCGCGCUGCUCGUGUUCGUUCCCAGGACAAGGUGGCCGCUCGCUCGUCGGCUCGUGUAGAGGAUACUCGCUCCCCAAGCCCCCGGGUUGAGUCUCCUGUGGCUACAUCUCGCACCACUACUCCCUCCGGAGGUAACUCCUACUCCGCUUACAAGACACCUGAAGAGCGAGCUGCAUUCAUCAAGCAGCAGGCUGAGCAGCGAAUGGCUGAGCGCCUGGCUGCUCUUGGUAUCAAGGCGCCUGGGAAGGCAGGUGAGACUGCCGCCCAACGUGCUGAGCGGGAAAGGAGCGAGCGGGCUGCGAAGCUACGCCAGGCGGAGGAGGAAGACGCUCGCAGGGAUGCAGAGCGCAAGGCUCGUCUUGCCGAAGAGCAAGGUGUGCCCCCACCUGCCCCGGAGGCUGAAGCUCCCAAGCCCACGGCCAAGAAGCCUCCUCCUCCACCCAGCAGGAACCGUGGUAGAAAUGAUGCCGCCAAACACGCUGAGGAGGAACAAGCUGCAAGGGUAGCGGAGGAAGAGAGGCUUGCCAGGGAACACGAGCAGCAGCAACGUGAAACUCAGCAGCUCCAGCAACACGCCAAGGAACAAGAAGAUGAGUUCGAACAGGAGCAAGAGGCUGCUCAAGCUCGACUCAAAGCCCUUGAGGAGCAGGUCAGACUUGGGAAGCUGAAGAAGGAAGAGGAGAAGAAGAAGAAGAAGGCUGCUCUCGCCGCAGCCAAGGAGAAGGAGGCCAAGCUGGAAGCCAGACGUGCUGAAAUUGAGGCGGCGAAGCAGAGGGAGCUUGAGCUUCAACGCCAGUUGGAAGCCAUGGACGAUGACAGCUCAUCCUCGGAUGAUGAAGGUCCAGAACAAAUCACGCCCCAAGCAUCAACACCUACGAUCUCAGCAAGCCAGGAACUCGAGCGCAAGCCAAGUCCCCCUCCGACUGUCCCUGCUGCAUCACCGCCAGUUGUUGUGUCUCCUCCUGCUGACAACGAGAGCAAGAACCCAUACUUCCGGAUGAUGGCUCAGCCAAGCACGGAAGCAACCUCCCCCCCUUCAGUACCUGCUGCUGCUCCCCCUGCUCCCCCAGCACCAGCACCCGCUGCCCCCGCACCUCCUGCCCCUCAGUCAGAUGCAUCUACAAAUCCCUUCUAUAGAAUCAAGCAGGAGACGCAGAGCGCGCCUCCGGCACCAGCUGCCCCUGCCAUCCCCAAGUCCCGAAGACGAGCUGAUUCAGACGAUUGGGGCUCUGAUAAGGACGAUGACGAUGAGGAUUCAGAUGAUGAGCGACCUGGCGGUGGCAACGCUGCUCAGCUUGCGUCCAUCCUGUUCGGCACAAUGGCACCUCCCAGGCCAAUGUCCGCCAUGGGCAAGGACUCGGCGACCGCCAGCCCGGUGCCAGCAAACGAUACACCCAUUGCUUCCCCUCCACCUCCCCCAAUGCCUUCUACAGGUGCCCCUGGUGCUCCUCCUCCACCACCCCCUCUGCCCGGAUCUGGUGCUCCCUCAGCUCCCCCUCCUCCUCCUCCUAUGCCUGGCACUGGUGCACCCAGCGCCCCUCCCCCUCCUCCUCCCAUGGGUGGACCACCAGCACCCCCUCCUCCGCCUCCAGGCAACGCCCCAGCACUUCCUUCUGGUGGGCGGCCUGCAGGAUUCUUGGGCGAGAUCCAAGCUGGCAAGGCUCUCAAGAAGACGAAGACCAAGGACAGUAGUGGCGCUGCAGUCGCUGGUAAAGUUCUAGACUAG